AUGCUCCUCACCCCAGAAACUAACUUCCCCCUUCAUAUCCGUAUUGCAACAUCUUCAACCUCCAAUAUCCUUCCUUUGACGUCACCAUUUGUGAAUUUGAAAUACGAUACGGCAGAGCGGAAGAUUCUCGACGGGGAUGUGAAGGAGCGACUACCUUGUAGCUUCUAUGAUGAUCAGUAUUCAUCCACGGAAUGGCUCCUUCCAGAAGAAGCAGAGAAAGAAACGAGAAACCAAGGAAAAGCAAGUGCGGCCAACGGCUUCCCACAAAAGAUGCCGUUAAAACCUUUUGCAUAUGUCAAAAGGCAUGCUCUAGGUCAAAUCGGCAGUUUGGUGACAUUGAAACGUGCUGUGCAAAAGGAAAUUAGUAGGAUUCUGGUUCCUCUAGGUGUCAGCACGCCCACCUGCUUAGUCAUAAUUCCCACGACACCUUCCUAUCUAUCUGAUGAAGGAACUCCUAAUCUCUCAAUAUUCACUACUGCCUAG